GGGUGGCGGCGGCGGCGGCGGCGGCGGCGGUUGUGGCGGCGCGGGUGGAGGGCGGCCGGGAGGGACCAGCGGCUGAACGGGACCGGCGCUCGCAGGUGGCCGAGGCGGACCGCCGGCCCAGGGGCCGAGCGCCGAGGGCCGGGCGGGCGCGGCCGGGGCGGCUCGGGGCCAGGGCCGGGCCGGCCGGGGGGCGGUGGCGGGGGCGGCCGGCGGGCGGCCGGGGCCGGGGCCGGGACGAUGACUCUGGAGUCCAUGAUGGCGUGUUGCCUGAGUGAUGAGGUGAAGGAGUCCAAGCGGAUCAACGCCGAGAUCGAGAAACAGCUGCGGCGGGACAAGCGCGACGCCCGCCGCGAGCUCAAGCUACUGCUGCUCGGCACGGGCGAGAGCGGGAAGAGCACGUUCAUCAAGCAGAUGCGCAUCAUCCACGGGGCGGGCUACUCGGAGGAGGACAAGCGGGGCUUCACGAAGCUGGUGUACCAGAACAUCUUCACUGCCAUGCAGGCCAUGAUCCGCGCCAUGGAGACCCUGAAGAUCCUCUACAAGUACGAGCAGAACAAGGCCAACGCGCUCCUGAUCCGGGAGGUGGACGUGGAGAAGGUGACCACCUUCGAGCACCGGUACGUGAGCGCCAUCAAGACCCUGUGGAACGACCCUGGCAUCCAGGAGUGCUACGACCGCCGGCGGGAGUACCAGCUCUCGGACUCCGCCAAGUACUACCUGACUGACGUGGACCGCAUCGCCACCUCGGGCUACCUGCCCACCCAGCAGGACGUGCUGCGAGUGCGCGUGCCCACCACUGGCAUCAUCGAGUACCCCUUCGACCUGGAGAACAUCAUCUUCAGGAUGGUGGACGUGGGGGGCCAGAGGUCCGAGCGAAGGAAGUGGAUCCACUGCUUUGAGAACGUGACGUCCAUCAUGUUCCUCGUGGCCCUCAGCGAGUACGACCAAGUGCUGGUGGAGUCGGACAAUGAGAACCGCAUGGAGGAGAGCAAAGCGCUGUUCCGGACCAUCGUCACCUACCCCUGGUUCCAGAACUCGUCGGUCAUCCUCUUCCUCAACAAGAAGGACCUGCUGGAGGACAAGAUCCUCCACUCCCACCUGGUGGACUACUUCCCCGAGUUCGAUGGCCCGCAGCGGGAUGCGCAGGCCGCCCGGGAGUUCAUCCUGAAGAUGUUCGUGGACCUGAACCCCGACAGCGACAAGAUCAUCUAUUCCCACUUCACGUGCGCCACCGACACGGAGAAUAUCCGCUUCGUCUUCGCCGCUGUCAAGGACACCAUCCUGCAGCUCAACCUGAAGGAGUACAACCUGGUGUGACCGCGCGGACUCCCGCCAGCCGCCUGCUGGUCGCCAGUCUGCCCCAGGAGUCGGGGGUUUUUCAUAUUUUUAAACAAAUGGUUUUUAUUUCACAGUUAUCAGGGGAUGUACAUCUUUCUUCCUACACACCUCGUGCACCUUCUCAUCUUUGUCAGUGGCAGAGGCCGCCUUUUUCUGGCCUUGACUCGUGGCUUGCUUUUUUC